CGCGAGGUUUCAUGGUUCACGUGGCCGCUGCAGCUGUUUCCGGUUUCUAACCGAUUUCUCGUCCCGAGGAAACAUGGCGGCGGCCGGUGGAGGGGGAGGAAGGAGCAGCGAAUGGGGCGCGUUCGAGCCCAGCAGCUCAGCAGUGAUUGACAUGGAGAACAUGGACGAUACAUCUGGCUCAAGUUUUGAGGAUAUGGGAGAGAUGCAUCAGCAACUGAAAGAGGAAGAUGAUAUUGGUGAGGAGCCUGUGGCUACAGAGGAAGAUGAUGGAGCCUUCCUUGGUGUGAAGGGGCUAAAAGGGCAGUUGGGUCGAGAUGUAGCAGAUCAGGUGUGGCAGGCAGGCAAGAGGCAGGCAUCAAAAGCUUUCAAUCUGUACGGUAACAUUGAUAUUCUCAGACCCUACUUUGAUGUUGAGCCUAUCCAAGUCAGGAACAGGUUGGUGGAGUCUCUCAUUCCAGUCCGAAUGAUCAAUUUCCCUCAGAAAGUUGCAGGAGAGCUGUAUGGCCCCUUGAUGCUGGUUUUCACACUGGUGGCCAUUCUUCUUCAUGGGAUGAAAACAUCUGGGACAGUAAUUAGAGAGGGCACGCUGAUGGGCACUGCAAUUGGAACUUGCUUUGGUUAUUGGCUUGGCGUCUCCUCCUUUGUCUACUUCCUGGGCUAUUUGUGCAAUGCCCAGAUUACAAUGCUGCAGAUGCUGUCAUUGCUGGGUUAUGGUCUGUUUGGACCCUGCAUUGUGUUGCUCGUCACCUACAAUGUUCAUCUCCAUUCCCUUUUCUAUCUGUUAUGGCUCAUCAUUGGAGGACUGUCCACACUUAGGAUGGUCGCAGUGAUGCUCUCCCGUACAAUCGGACAAACUCAGCGGCUCGCUGUCUGUGGGAUGCUUGCUGCCCUGCACAUGGUCUUCCUGCUGUACUUGCACUUUGCUUACCAUAGGAUUGUAGAAGGUAUCCUAGAUACCUUGGAAGGACCCAAUGCUGGGCCGGUGAGAUUUCCUCGGGACAUCCCAGAAGUUUCCGUCACUUUGCUGAACAGCACAGUGAAGUCGUUUGGAACCAGGCUGCAGAUGCGUUGACUCCGAUUUAUUUUUGAUUCUUUCUUCCUUGCCUCAAUUCUCCACGGAAACAUUGCGUGUGGACCAGGCUGGGUGUAGUGUAUCACAGGGAAAAGUUUGUACUCUCCUGAACGCUGCUUUAACAGCAGUUUGUAGUUUAGAUAAACUAUUUCAUUGUGGUGGUGUGGGCAGUGGGGUGGCUGUCAGUUGCACUCCAGCAUCUUAACUGAUCAACACAAUCUGUACAUAAUUGAGCUGUACUUUUUAAAGUUAUAUAUUAUAUAUAUAUAUGUAUAUGUGUGUUGUGUGUAUGUUUAAGACCUGAUUGUAUUUGUGUUUUCUCAUUGCUUGCACGGGUUGCUAUACAGUUCAUGACUGACUGUAAAUCACAUUCUGCACCUUUUUUAUUCAGCCGUUCAGUUUAAAAAAACAUAACCCAAUUCCUCCACCCAAAAAACAUUACAAAGUAUCUCCCCUCACCCUCCAACCCUAACUUUCUUCCCCAAAACAUAAUCCAAUUCCUCUGCAUUGAAUGGUUGAGGCUGUGUCUCCGAGCUAGAUUAUCAGCUGCUCUCAGCAGUGGUACUACACUUGUGCUCAGAACCCCUGAUCUAGGGAGGGAGAAGUGUCUUAGAUUCUCACUCCUAUCUGCUACCUACCACAGAUAAGGACAGAAGCUGUGUCGGCUUCAGAGUCACAAAUACUGGAUAACUGCUUGGAUGAAGAAACUGUUCUUAGGGAAUCUCUUAUCUUGGGGAGAGGGGAGAAAAAUUUGGAAUGAAGUGAAUUGAUGCAAAUUGGCAGCAAUUUGUUUAAAGCUACUUGUUGGAUAUAACAGCAGCACUGUCCUUGGUUGCUGCAUGUUAUUACUUAUUUUUAGUUGGUUCUUCUCUAACUUUGUCUUUCAGAUGAAAUGUUAAACUGAAGCCCCAUUUUCCCUCUCAGGUGGAUGUAAAAGUUCCCACGGCACUACUUUGAAGAUGAGCAGAGGAGUUAUCCUGGCCAAUAAUUAUCCCUCAACCAAAACCAAUCAUUUUAUGAUCAUUUAUUUCUUUGCUGUUUUAUGAGUCUUUAUGCAAAUCGGUUGCUGUGUUUCCUACAUUACAACAAAAGCACUUCAUUUAAUGUAAAUAUCUUUGGGAGAUGCUGAAAUCAUGAAAGGUUCUGUAUAUAUUCAAGCCUUUUUCCUACUUGUGUAACAUUUCUAGUCUAAAUUGUACAGUAAGCUUUGAGCAAGCAAAUAGACUGAUGCCAGACUUCAACACAAUGUAAAAUUUGGUACAAUUUAAAAUGCUGCAUAUUUAGGUGUGGCUGCUCUGGUGUAGAGAAUCAGCAGAAUCAAUUUUAGGACUUAACAUUAGUUUGAAAGCAUGAUAUUCUGAUUUGGGACUAUGGCCUGCAAUCUUUUUGUACUUAUGUCCUCAUUACCCCAUUGCUGAUAUGAGUGACCUCCCACCCCACCUGUGUGCUGGUUAUAGAUCUCUGUGCUCCCUGUUCCCGCAUUGCUGCUAUAGUUCUCUACUUCUUUGCACUGCUUCCCUCAUCGCUGUAUAGAUCUUGUAUUAAUACCCAUCAUUAGAUGGGAAAUAGAAGGGAGGCGAGGGGAGAUUGGAGCAUGUUACCUUGAAAUAACAAUUAAAAAUUGUUAAAAGACAAGAAUUGAA